AUGGAUGGGAACUUCAAAGCAGAGCAUCUUCAUGCCUCAUAUCUGGAAGACGAAGUAUCACUCAUGGAUGGCCAGGGAUUCAUGGUCGAUGAUGCCAUGUACAAGGCACACCUUGCCGAUGUGAAAGACAUCAUUCAAUGCUCUGAGUGCAACAACCACUGGGCAGUGAAUCAAGCCAAUGCAUCCUGGCACAGAUUAGAAGCUACUGGAAUUGGGAGAUGUGUGUGUGCAAGGCAUGGCUGUUUUGUCCUACAUCCAAUGGUAGAUUUUCAGAAAGGUGACAGAGGAACGGCAAUGUGGCUGGCUGAAGGAAUAUCUAUUGAGGAAGCACAGAUUACACUAAAAAUGGAUGUCAGAAAAGUGGGGCAGCACGGAACUGAGACCCAGCGGCUUGAGAUUGGGCAAUGGCAAGAGAGACUACAAGGAGACAUAGAUCGGUGGGUGGCGACAGCACCAACAUACUUUGGUAAUGGAUUCGACAAUGGCGAUGACCAGGAUAUGGAGGUUGACCUGCUGCUUUUGCAAGAUGAUAGUGAUGAUGAAAUGGGCAAUGAAUGCCGUAUGUUUGAACUGAAAAAGGUCAUGAUACCAUUGCCUUCAAAUCUCGGUCCAGAAUGGUGCGCCGAGCUAGGUUGUGAGGAUUUAAUCAAGCAAGAGGUGACACUCUGGGAAGGCUAG